AUGUCGUUAGAGGGUCGGGAAAUGGCAGCAGGAGGUAUGGCAGACCAUGGAGGCACCAUAGGAGUGGAACGAGCAGCAGGAGAGAUGUGGAUGAGACUGGAGGCUGCUGGGCUGCUCUCUCUCUCUAUUCAGAAGACCCCUCGCUGCCUCUCUCCCAGGGCAGUGUGGUUGAACGACAUACUUAGUUCACACGUGAACUACUUCACCAGUGCACUGAUUGGAGACUGCCUGUCCCACUCUGUGGUUCCCCAGAGUCUAGCUCGGCUGACUGCCAUGGCUGGAAGACUGAAGGUGUUUUUGGGGGAGCGCAACAUUGACAAACUGACUCCUCCAAAUGGCAUACAAGAGUCAACCGCUUCAGAUGCCUCCUCAUAUUCCUCCUCCUCCUCCUUGUCUACUCUCGGAGGUUUUGUGGACUUCACUUUCACCCAGGAGCCUCAGGACACGGUGACGGUGCGAGGGGGCGUGCUACAGCUCGACUGCCAGGCACAGUCUGACGUAGUGGCAGGACCUCUCACCAUCACAUGGCGUAAGGAUGGCGUGCUGCUGAGCGCUGUGGUAGACGAGCGGCGGCGGCAGCUGACUAAUGGCUCGCUGCUGGUGCAGAAUGUGGUUCACUCACGGCACCACCGGCCCGACGAGGGAGAAUACCAGUGCCUUGCCACGCUCGACGGACUGGGGAGCAUUGUGAGCCGGACCGCCAAGGUGACUGUAGCCGGUCCCCUGAAGGUGGUUGUCCCCACCGAGUCCGUCUCCUCAUACCUCGGCGACACAGCCCUGCUGCACUGUGAGGUCUCUGGCGACCCGACGCCUAUCAUCCGCUGGCAGAAGAACCGGGAAGAUGUGGCGGCGACCUUUGACCCUGAUUCCCGUCUGGCAGUGCUGCCAUCUGGCUCGCUGCAAGUCAGCCGUGUCCAGCCGCCAGACUCAGCCACGUACCGCUGCCUGGCCGACAACCCCGGCAGCACCAGGACAGGGACAGACGCCGAGCUCCGAGUGCUCCCAGAACCCGGGGUGAGCAGGAACCUCCAGUUCCUCCAGCAUCCGUCCAGAGUAAUGGCUCUGCUGGGAACUGAUGCCGUGCUUGAAUGUUCUGCUUCUGGAUACCCGACUCCAAGCAUCCAGUGGAGAAGAGGAGAGGAACUGAUCCAGAGCUGGAAUAAGAAGUACUCCCUGCUGGCGGGCAGUAAUCUGAUCAUCAGGAGCGUUACUGACGACGACUCUGGCAGCUACAGCUGUACAGCCACCAACAAGAACCACAACAUCACUGCACACACAGAGCUGAGUGUGCUGGUGCCCCCUCAGUUCCUGAACUACCCAACCAACACGUACGCCUACGAGUCCACUGACAUUGAGCUGGAGUGUGCCGUAACAGGGAACCCACCACCGACGGUCCGCUGGAUGAAGAACGGAGAAGAAGUCAUUCCCAGCGACUACUUUCAGAUAGUGGAUGGCAGUAACCUGCAGAUUUUGGGUUUGGUGAAGUCCGAUGAAGGAUUUUAUCAGUGUAUCGCUGAAAACUCAGCCGGCAGCUCACAGGCGAUGGCUCAGCUGCUGCUCCGAGAGCCAGUGUCCCCCAGCCCAGGCGUUGUCCUCCCCUCUGCCCCCCGCGACCUGGUCCCUGUCCUAGUGUCCAGUCGAUUUGUCCGACUCAGCUGGCGCCCCCCAGAGGAGACCGGAGGAGCUGUGCAGACCUACGGUGUUUAUUACUCCCAGGAUGGAGUCGAGAGGGAGCGGUCAGUGAAUGUGUCUGAGCCUGAGUCUUUGGAGCUGACUGUUUCCAACCUGAAGCCAGAGGAGAGCUACAGCUUCAGAGUCAUCGCUUACAAUGACGCAGGACCGGGAGAGAGCUCCGCCCCCCUGAGGAUCACCACCAAGCCUGACCUCCAGGUUCCCAGCAGGGUGGAGUCUCUCCGAGCGGACGCUCGGUCUCCCAACUCUGUCCAGGUGAGCUGGGAGCCUCCCAGCCAACCAAACGGCCCCAUCCUGGGCUACAGACUACUGUGGACCGAGAGCCCGUCCGGCAAGGAACAGAGUGUGGACUGGAAUGGACUGAACUACAAAAUGGAGGGACUCAAUAAAUUCACAGAGUACACAGUUCGGGUUUUGGCAAUCAACCGCUAUGGACCGGGCACUGCCUCAGAGUCUGUCAGCGUCACCACCCAAUCAGAUGUUCCCAGCGCGCCUCCUCAGAACAUCACAUUGGAGGUUGUCCUGUCCAGGAGCAUCAAGGUGUCAUGGCAGCCACCUCUGCGCAGCGCCCAGAACGGCAUCAUCACUGCCUACAAGAUCAAAUACAGGAAGACCGGUCGUCGUGGAGACCAAGAGGCCAUUGAACCCAACAACUUCUGGUACCUGUUCACAGGCCUGGAGAAGGGCAGUCAGUACAGUUUCCAGGUAGCAGCCAUGACGGCCAAUGGAACGGGUCCAGCCAGUGACUGGUACACCGCUGAGACGCCGGAGAAUGACCUGGACGAGAGUCAAGUACCCGACCAGCCCAGCUCUCUGCACGUCAGGCCGCUACCCAACAGCAUCAUCAUGUCCUGGACUCCACCCCUCAGCCCCAACAUCCUGGUCCGUGGGUACAUCAUCGGCUACGGAGUGGGAAGUCCCUACUCUGAGACAGUCAGGGUGGACAGCAAGCAGAGAUACUACUCCAUUGAAAACCUGGAGCCGAGCUCGCACUACGUGAUUUCCCUAAAGGCAUUCAAUAAUGCUGGAGAGGGAGUUCCUCUGUACGAGAGCGCCGUCACUCGAUCUUUGACAGACCCCAUAGACCCAUCUGAGGAUGACCUUUUCCACCUCUUUGAUAAAUACCCCACUCCCAUGCCAGACACCAGCAUUCCCAUGAUCCCCCCGGUGGGGGUCCAAGCCGUGGCUCUGUCCUCGGAUUCCGUCCGCGUCUCCUGGGCUGACAACUCCAUGACCAAGAACCAGAAGGCAUCUGAGGUCCGGUACUACUCCGUCAAGUGGAAGACCAGCUACUCCACCAGUGGAAAGUACAAGUCUGCAGACACUACAGCCCUCAGCCAUACAGUCACUGGCCUCAAACCAAACACCAUGUAUGAGUUCGCUGUCAUGGUAACCAAAGGCCGCAAGUCCAGCACGUGGAGUAUGACAGCACACGCCACAACAUAUGAAGCAGCUCCUAGCUCCGCCCCCAAAGAUUUAACUGUGAUCAGUCGCGAGGGACGACCACGCGCCAUUUUAAUCAGCUGGCAACCACCAAUGGAGGCUAACGGACGAAUCACAGGGUACAUCCUGUACUACACACUGGAUAAGAACAUGCCGAUAGAUGACUGGGUAAUGGAGGCGAUCAGCGGCGACCGGCUGACCCAUCAGGUCGUCGAUCUAAACCUCGACACGGUUUAUUACUUCAGGAUUCAGGCCAAAAACGCCAAAGGAGUCGGCCCGCUGUCUGAGCCCGUCCACUUCAGGACCGUCAAAGUGGAACAUCCGGACAAGAUGGCAAAUGAUCAAGGUCGAGGGGGAGACCACGCCUACUGGCCGUCUGACACCAACCUAAUUGACAAGAGCAGCAUCAAUGAGUCUCCCAUUGGUCAGAUGCGUCCACCUCAUGGCAGUGCCACACCUCAAAAGAACAGUAACCUUCUGGUCAUCAUAGUGGUUUCCGUGGGAGCCGUCACCGUGGUAGUGGUCGUCAUCGUGGCUCUCAUCUGCACCCGGCGCUCCUCCGCCCAGCAGAGAAAGAAGAGAGCGAGCCACAGUGCCAGUAAGAGGAAGGGCAGCCAGAAGGACCUGAGACCUCCUGACCUCUGGAUCCAUCACGAGGAAAUGGAGAUGAAGAACAUAGAGAAAGCUCCCAGCGUCGCCCCAUCCGGACGCGAUUCGCCUAUCCAGUCCUGCCAGGACCUCCCGCAGGUUGCACACAGCCAAUCAGAGAGCCAGAUUGGCAGCAAGAGCAGCCACUCGGGAGCGGAUGCUGACGAGGCCUCCAGCAGUAUCUCUACUCUGGAACGCUCCCUGGCUGCCAGGAGGGGGACUCGAGGCAAAAUGAUGAUUCCUAUGGACUCACAACCAAGCAACACACCGGUGGUCAGUGCUAUCCCGGUGCCAGCUCUGGACUCCUCUCAGUAUCCUGGUAUUCUGCCUUCACCGUCCUGCAGCUUCACACACAACAAGUUCAGCCUGAGACCGAUGCCUUUCCCUAGCCUGACUGUGGACAGAGGAUACACACCAGCGAUGCCCACAGACACUUCCACCAAUCCUCUCCUCCAGCAGCAGCCUCCACCACAGCAGGCCCCUCCCCUUCUCCCCGGCUCCUCCGGCACGCCCGGGGAACACGUUUCCGGGGUUGGCCCAGUCCCGGGUGUUCCUGCUGCUGCUGCAGCCGCCGCCGAUGAGGCCCAGGCAGGGAGCGGUCGGACCAUCCCAACAGCCUGUGUGCGGCCCACCCACCCGCUACGAAGCUUCACCAACCCACUGCUGCCACCACCCAUGGGGACUAUCGACCCCAAGGUGUACACCUCCAUGAUGCCGCAGUCCAGUGCCAGCCUCCCGAAGCCCCAGGUGAAGACAGCCUCUUUGGGUCAGGCUGGUAAGGCUCGUUCCCCUCUGCUGCCUGUCUCGGUCCCUACAGCGCCGGACUUACCGGAGGAGGGAGGAACAAAAGCUGUCGAGGAUUCAGCUGCCAACGUUUACGAGCAGGACGACCUGUCGGAGCAGAUGGCCAGUCUAGAAGGACUGAUGAAGCAGCUCAAUGCCAUUACCGGCUCUGCCUUCUAACCUCUGACCCCCUGGCCCGGCCCAGCCCUCUGCCACAGUCCAGUCUGGAACCCAUCUUCAAGCCUCGAUGUCACCUGCUGUCCAUUCGCCAGGGUCGGCAACAGGUCAAUCUGGGUUUGAAGAUGCCUCUUUGGAACCUCCCUCUGUGCUGGUUUGAGUUUGUUUGGUUUCUACUGGUCUCGGCUAGUGUCUACUAUUUGGGACCAAGAUUGGGCAGAAGAGAAUUAAACAGAGGAUUAACACUACAGCAGCACAGAAUCACUCCAAGAACAGGAUAUGGGUUGAGGGGCCUCUUUAGGUGUUCAAACUGAAACCCCUUUAGACCCUUCAACCUAAAACACAAAACUAGAAAAACCCAAUGCCUAGCGCCUCAACAUAAUGAAACAAGAGGAAAGGAUUAUCACAAAAAAAGAAGACAAGUUAUAACAACCCUCCUGUUUCUCCUCUUUGUGGUAUUUAUUAGCAUCCUCCUCCGCUGAGAUCUCCACAGCUCAGUUACUGUGACUGUACCUCACCUAUUUUUCAUGAUUACUGUUGAAAGUAUUCCUUUUUUUUCUUUUUUUGGGGGGGUGGGGUAUUUCAACUUUGUGCAGUUACAGGAUGCGUAUAUGGUUUGAAAAUGCUACCAGAACCUGCAGUAAGAAAUAGAAAACAAAUCCUUGGCCGCCAAAGUUACACCAAAAGUUUCUUUUUCUCAUUUGGAUCUGUGGACACUUGGUGUGGUGAC